UAAUAACAGCUCACACGCAACAUUUAUCAAGAAUUUUAGAAGAAUAACUUUAAGGAUCACGCGGUGCGUUAAAGGGACUCCGCUCAGGAUGGGGAAAUGUACCUUUUGCAUUCAACCUCUGGAAAUAUCACUGAGCGCACGGACGCCAACAGCGGAAUGAACUCCUCGUGCGUCCGUGACUCGAGCCCGUGGAGCGGCUGCAUGCACGGAUCGUCUCCCGAAAUAAAAGUUGCGGGAAUCAAGUUGGAGUAGAAAGAAAGAAAAAAAAAAAAGGACUCGUCACGCGUUAAUGAAUUUGCACGGAUCGCUGAACUGGAGAGGUUUUAGUCGCAGCUCUCGCAAGAUAGAGUUCACUUAUUCUUGAGAGCGCAUUUCUAUUGCAAAUCAGUCCGGAGAGAAUGAGGUGUCGCUGGGUGAAGCAUGAGCUGUCAGAGAAUCAGUCAUAAGCGGCUGUCUCUGCUAUGGGAGGGGGCGGCUCUCAGCCUCUGGCUCUGCUGCUGCUGCUGCUGGACCUCCGGGGCAGGUGGAGCCGCAGCCGCCGCCGGACAAAGCGACGGCGCCCCCGGCUCCCUGGGCUGGCUGCUGUCCGAUAAAGGGCCCUUCCACCAGUCCCUGGAGUUCACGGAGGCUGCGGAGAGGUACCAGCAAGGCUUCAGCACCAGAUACAAGAUCUACAGGGAGUUUGGUCGAUGGAAGGUCAACAGCCUGGCGGUGGAGAAGCGGGACGGUUUUGGUGGCAGCGGUGGCCUGGCUCUGCCCCUCGACCCCGACUUCAUGCACACCAUCCGCCAGCUGGGGAGGCGGCCAACCCUCCAGACGAUUACAGAGAGUCUAAUCAAGAAAUAUGGCACCCACCUCCUCGUCUCUGCCACUCUGGGAGGGGAGGAGUCUUUGACAAUAUUUGUGGACAAAAGGAAGCUAAGCCAGGAGUCUUCGCCCACCGGAGCCGACGGUAGCAACUUAAACACUACGGGGACGGUGACUCUGGAGGCGCUCCACCAGCUGGCUGCUUCCUACUUCACUGACCGAGAGAGCACCCUGCGCAGGCUGCACCACCUCCAGAUCGCAUCCACCGCCAUACGGGUGACAGAAACCAGAACUGGUCCGCUCGGAUGCAGCAACUAUGACAAUCUGGACACAGUCAGCUCCGUCCUGGUUCACAGUCCUGAAAACAAGGUUCAGCUACAAGGGCUGCAGGUCAUCCUACCUGGCUACCUGCAGAGCCGCUUCAUUCAGGCGGCUCUCAACUACAUCGGCUGUAAAUCUGAGGGCCAGUUUGUGUGCCAGAACAGCGACUGCUGGUGUGAGUGCACUGUGGACUUUCCUCAGUGUAACUGUCCUCUCACUGACCUGGAGACUCUGGAAAGCAGCCUGCUGCGCAUCAGAGACACCUGGAGGCUGACCAACCAGGAGUUUGAGGAAUCCGAGGAGUUCCGAAGCUUUGUUGGGAAACUGCCAACCCAUUACGCUGUAAACACAUCUGUCGUGGAACACAUGUGGAGGACGGAUGGCAGCCUGCUCCAGCGCUACAGGCAGCUGGAGACCAGCAGCAACCAGCUUUUCACCAAAGCUCGCCGCACGGCUAACAAGCUCUUCAGCCUCAGCAAGAGGUGCCGAAAGCAGCCCAAAAUACUGCUGCAGAGGCCGAGGCCUCUGCUCUUCUGGUUGAACUACGCCCUCUCCAUUUUAUACUGCAGUGAGAACAACCAGGUGGGUGUUUACAGCGACGAGAGCCGCAGCUGCUCCUGCCCCUACAACCAUCCGCCGUGCCAGGGCCUCAUUCCCUGCUCUGUGGGCGACGGCUCCCGCUGCUCCUCCUGCUCCGCAGAGAACAGGACGCGGUGCUCCGGCUGCAACCUCGGCUUCACCCUGACCCAGGGGGCCUGCCGCCCCGCCGUGCCCGACCCUACGGACCCCUACCUGGGGCUGGAGAGUGACCGUGACCUGCAGGAUCUGGAGCUGCGCUACCUGCUCCAGCGGCGCGACCCGCGCAUCUCUCUUCACGGCGUGUUUGUGAGCAAUGACGUGCGCAUCAACACUUGGUUUGACCCGUCCUGGAGGAAAAGAAUGCUGCUCACCCUCAAGAGCAACCGGGUGAAGUCCAACCGCGUUCACAUGCUCCUCGGACUCGCUUUGCAGUUUUGCCUCACCAGAAACAGCACUCUGGAGCCGGCGUUGUCUCUGUUUGUAAAUCCCUUCGGAGGCAGCCAUUCAGAGAGCUGGACCAUGCCUAUAGGUCAGCACGGAUACCCUGACUGGGAGCGGAUCAGACUGGAUAUCCCCUUGGACUGCUAUAAUUGGACUUUAACUCUAGGAAACAGAUGGAAGAGCUUUUUUGAGACGGUUCAUUUCUACCUGAGGAGUCGUAUCAGGGACCCCGUGGGAGCGACAGGAGCCAGCAAGAACACGACGCUGUUCUAUGAGCCUCUGGAGGCGACAGAGCCGUCUAACAACAUCGGCUACAUGAAAGUGAACAGCAUGCAGCUGUUUGGAUACAGCGUGCACUUUGACCCCGAGGCGAUUCAGGACCUGAUCCUGCAGAUAGACUACCCGUACACUCAGGGAUCACAGGACUCGGCCCUGCUGCAGCUGGUGGAGCUGCGAUACAGGGUUAACCGGCUCUCGCCUCCAGGGGCCCCACACGUGGAUCUGUUUGCCUGUUUGCUCCGCCACAGACUCAAACUGUCCAGUGCAGACGUGACCAGGAUACUCACUGCCCUGCAAGCUUUCAGUGCCAGACAGCCAAACCACGCGGAGUACGAGGCAAAUAAACUCUGUAGUUAAUGGCCACUAUUUGAUGUUUUGUACUAUUUCCUUGCCACAAACAGGCCUGUAUCCUUUGUCAGCUGGAUCCAUUUGUGUCAAGUGUGUGGUAUGUUGUUCAAGGCUUUGUUGUACAUACACUAUGUGCAAUUAAAUUUGAUGUUUUCAUAAUUUCAGUGUAGUUUUAUGGAUUAAAGCCCCAUGAAAA